GUAGAGUGACGGUGGAGCCAAGACGGGUUCAAAACACGCCGACUUCACAUGCGAGUUCAAUGCGAAUGAUCCACAACAUUCCUAUCCCUUCUUACAAUCAUCAACAAUUCAGACUCUCGAGCCUCGAAGGCCGCACUAUCUCGUCCAAGUAGAGCCCAAGGAAAGAUCGCCGUGCUCGCUCCAUGAUGCGUCCAAAAAGCUCAGGCGCAGCAACAGGAUGACCGUUCCCAUAUUGGCCGCUUGGCCUGGCAGGCCGGUCGCGUGCGUUGCAACGAGGUCACCACCAGUGUCGACGCACAGCGACUCUGAGUGGACAGCUCUAUACUCGGAAAUCGAGCGACUGUACAUCCGCCAACGCCGAAAGCUACGCUAUGUCAUGCAAUACAUGGAGCGUGAGCAUGACUUCCAGGCAACGAAGCAGAUGUAUAAGAAGCGAUUCACCAAAUGGGGUUUCCAGAAGAACUAUAAGCGUUCCGCUGCAAUUGCGUGCUCUUUGAAGACAGAGGACGACCGCGGAAGAGUGGCGAGCAGAAAGGCCAGCCCAACCGGAGAGCCGGGUCCCAUGCCACCAUCCCCUAGAUUCGGCCACAGCGAUGAUCUGGCACUCAUGUUCCUGAGCCGUGUGCGAGUAUGGAGCGUGGCAUUCUUUGAGUCGGUGCAAUUCGGUGACGAGCUCCGGGCACCUCAGCAGCAUGAGCUGCAGCUUUCCACAAGUCCGCUACGGUCUUCCGACGCCAAGGAGGUCAGCUUCGCUUUCAAGCUAGUGAUGGACUUGCUCGACCGAGGCCAUGGGGAUUUGGCAGGCAGGAUGGCCCGGAAGGCGUUCCUUCUGAUUGAGCACAUAUGGCAACUUGAAGGGCCCGCGCUGAUGUGGAACCUGCUUGAGAUGAUGCAUCACAUGGUGACGCUCCGCCAUGCACAGCUCUUUCAUAUGCUGCUGGCCCAUCUCAUUGCACUGGCUGAUGGCCAGAUGCCGGAGACUCAUCCGUUCCCCGCCAUGUUGCGCGGCCUACGAGAACUCGUUGCCGGUCUAACAAGGACGGCAUCGGCGACCAAGGGUUCUCCUUCUUUAUCAUCCUCAUCCUCCGGGCCGUCUUCCUCAACCGGCAACGACGCGAAGCCAUGCGGUACGACUCCGGAGCCGGGGAUCCCCCUCCACACCCUUCAGACCUUGUUAGAGCGAGCUUGGAUCCUCAACGCCGAGAUUCUAUUUGACCACUUUGAUCCUCGCCUGAUCCUGCUCUACUGCAGCGUCAUCUGCGACUCCUGCUCGAUCCUGCCCCCUUCAGGCAUUGUCGGCAUUGUGGAUCAGUGGUUCAAUCAGAUCAAGGCGCAACCGCUGCUCGGCGUUACAGCCGUAAGUAACCAUACCCAGGGACUUCUUCCGAGUACCUCCGUCGAGGAGGAGAGGAUGAUUCAAUGUCUUCUCACUCCGCGAAUGGAUGCCUCGCCACCCCAAGACUACAAGUUGUUCCGCGAGAGGAGUCUCGCUGCACUAUGGGAGCGAGGAAACUCCAUUCUCAGCAAGGAGGCCGGCAUCCCUGGUGACCCCAGCAUGCUACUACCUAUGCUGGCGGGAAUGUUAACAGCGAAAAUCCUUGAAGGUUUGCCUCUGACCGCUGAGCUCAAUGCAAAACGGCCACGAAUUCAUGCGGGGCAUCUCGCAUGUGCAUUGAAGGUCUUGGUCGACCUCGAUACCGAGCAUGGGGGCGGUUUACGGUCAUCAAACCUUGAUACCAUUGAGCGAAUUCGCGCCAUGGUGGCUCUCCGGGAAUAUGCUGAGGGGCAGAUGGCUCCCCAAGUCAUACGGGAUCUGUGGCUGCUGCAGGACGCGCUCACCGCGGCCGGCGAAUACGCAGAGGCACAGGCAGUGGAACGAGAUGCGUAUCGUCGAAUGGACCUGUACAUCCAAGAUGUUUCUGUCGAUCCCACGUGAGCACUGGAUGCUUAUUGAUGCUACUACCUACGUCCUGGGUAGGUGCUCUAGUAUGUACCAUGACAGAAUUUGAGGAGUUGGUCUUGCAUAGUGCUCCAGCCUGGCGAGACGAGACGGAUAUGUCCAAUGUCAAUGUCCUAGCACAAGCCCUCCCCAGACACUCCAUACACGCCACGCAUCUUGUGUACACGGCUCGAGUGGAGGAUAGGCCAAUCACAA